AUGCAGCUGUAGAAUCAUUAAUAAGAGACCAGAGUCUAAAGAUAGUCUGUACUUCCCUUUAAUAACUCAACUAAUACCUCAUUAUCCAGCCAUUACUAACAACCCAAUUAGUAAAUUAAUCGAAGCGAGUCAAAAGAUAAAAUCUCGACUGGUCAAAAUGGAAAUAUCAGCGCUAUAACCAAGGCUACCGAUAUUUUGAUAGGUGAAAACUUCUAAACUCCUCCAAAACAUUAAAAAAAUCUUACUUCAAGUGAAGUGAAUACUCAAAGAAAGUAAAGCAACCUACAGUAGCAGUAAUAAUUGAGUCAGUAACUGAAUAAAUCAUUGAAUAACUAAACUGUGAGUGUACAACUUGCGGGAGAUCUACCACAAAGAAGAGAAUCAUGCAAUGCUAGCGGAGGUAGUGGAGUCUCGUAAAUAAGAAAUUAAAAAAGCAUUAGUAGACAAACUGUCAUAAGAAAUUAAGAAUUGUCCUACCCUAUUUAAGGCAAGACAUUGAGUCCAUCUAAAUCAUAGUAAAGUAUUGGUAAUUAGCAGCAAAUAUUAUCUCAAAGCUAUUAAACUGUAGUUUAGAAUAUUCAAAAAUAAAGAAGGAGCUCUGGAUUAACAAAUGUUAAUCAAAAUAUGCUAAACAAUAGUCAUCCACUGAAUCAAAUUGGUAGUUAAGGUAUUUCAAGGUAAUAACCUAGAGCAAGAUCCUCGCAAAUGACAGACUAUUAAAUGUAAUAAAAGGCUUAAAAUAAUAUGGAUGAGUUCAUUAGAAUCGAAAAGUCGAAACUAUAAAAUAUCAAUAACUAGAUAUAAAAUGUUAACUUGUAAUAUCUUCAGAACUAAUUAAAUGAGAAGGAAUUGCUUAUUCAAUAAUUGACUACUUAAAAUGUUUCUGUAAAGCAAUAACUUGAGCUUCAAAAAGUUAAUUACCAAAAAGAGAUAGCUAAGCAUAAAACUUUUCAAGAGAUCAUUUUAAAUGAAAAUAAAGUUCUAUCAAGAUAAAUACUUGUUUUGACUGAAAUGUACUACGAGCAACAUAGAAAUAUAUAAAAGACUUAUAAUGAAAAGAACUAUGAGGAAAACGGAUUGAAAUGUGUCUUAUAUGACGAGAGAGUGCUUGACUAUAGAUCUAAAUAUGAAGAUGGCAUGAAUAAGCUUAGAGAUUUGGAGACUAAACUUUUACAGCUUAAUGAGAAUCAUAUCAAAAUCUGUGAGGAUAAGGAUAAUAAAAUACAGGAGCUAUAAAGUUAAAAUAAAGAUAUAAAGCAUGAGAGUAAACUUCAAGCCAGAUAGAUUUAAGAAUUUGUUCUAGAUCUUGAAAGACUUAAGAAUGAACUCGAAGAGGAAAAAAACAAGAAAGUUGAUAUAUAGAAUGAAAAAAGAUUGGAUUUAAUGAGAUAGAGUCUGGUUGAAAAUUAUAAGAUUACCAUAGCAAGAUAGACAUAGUAGAUUGAUGAUAUAAUUAAAGAAAAGAAGACGCUAGAAGCUAUUGUUGAGAAAUUCAGAAAUGAAAAUUCUAAGACAGCAACUCUUUUCUUUGAAAAAGAUGCGGAGAUAGACUUCCUACAAAAAGAAAUUAGCCAACUUAUGAAGGAGAAGUCUGAUAAGGAAGCUAUAAUAAAGACUUUAACCUAAGAAAACCUUAGAAUUGCCAACACAUUUUAAGAAAUUGAUACUGAGGGCAGAAUGUCUAAUAUUCUUUAACAAGAGAUAGAUUAUCUAUAGCAGCAACUACUUAAUUCUGAAAAGCAUGGAGGCUAGAUUGAGAAUCAUUUGAACAUUAUAUAAAAUGCUUAUGAAGAAAGUUAGAGCAAUUUGGAAUAAAGCAUCAACCAGCAAUAAGAACUUUUAAAUAAUGUGAAGGAGAGAGAACAAGAGCUAGAAAGAAUGAGUGAAUACUUGAAUGACUUACAAAGAAUAAACUUUGUCUACCAAGCAGCAAAAGAUGAUCCCAUAGAUAAAAAGCUAGCUGACUUCAUCAAUAAUAACUAGAUUCACAAGAAGGCAAGUUUAUUGUUUGUAAGAGAGUAAGAUGGUGUCUACUCCUAUGGUAAACGAAGAGUAUUCAUUAAGAUUGAAAAAGAUCAAAUAAUUAUUAGAGUCGGAGGUGGAUUCUUGACCAUAGAUGAAUUCAUUGAAAAUUAUAGUCCUUAUGAAGUUAGAAAGAGGUAGAAGUCUUAGUACUCACAACUCUUAACUAACACAUGCUAGUCUGGGGCAAAGUCAUAUUCCACUAAUGGAACUAAAGGUUUUCAGCCAAUACCUGUAUAAAGCAACAAUUAAUACCAGAAUGCAAAUAGCAAACAACCUAAGAUAAUCAGCCAUCCUAAUUACAAUAGUAACUAGCUGGCUAAUAUCAAUGGGGAAUCAAAUAUUGAGUCAAAGAAUUUAAAGGGAAGUUUUGGAAGCGUGCAAUUGCAGCAAAAUCAUGUUUAGUAGUAAUUCUGGUAUAAUCAUACUGAUCCCUAAGUAAGUGAUAUAUUGGAAGAUCCAAUGGACGAUGAUGACUAGUUUGUUUCAUUUAACAUGUAGCUAAUGAAAUGA